ACUUAAAAACCCAUAUUUUGAUAAAUACGGAAGACGUGUUUCCAAAACUUUUAUAAAAAAAUAGUAACGUGGCUUUGCACAAAGAAAUAUAAAAAUGACAAAAAAGAAACUAUUACCGAAUCUUUCAAAAGAAGAGAAGAUGGUAAUAGUAGUAUCAGAAAUAAUUCAGGAGUUAUUGGUCGCUCAUCGUCAGGGCAAAGAUGUUAACCUCAACAAGAUGAAAACGCGGAUAUCUUCCAAAUACGGUCUCGGCACGUCUCCGCGACUAGUGGACAUCAUUGCUGCUGUACCAACAGACGCCAAAAAGAUUUUGCUACCGAAAUUAAAAGCUAAACCUAUUCGCACAGCCUCUGGUAUCGCCGUCGUUGCGGUUAUGUGUAAACCUCACAGAUGCCCACACAUAAACUUUACCGGGAACAUUUGUGUAUAUUGUCCCGGAGGUCCGGAUUCGGAUUUUGAAUAUUCAACUCAAAGUUAUACUGGAUACGAGCCCACAUCCAUGAGAGCUAUCCGAGCUCGUUACAAUCCUUACUUGCAGACUCGUCAUAGAGUGGAACAGUUGAAACAACUUGGUCAUAGUGUGGACAAGGUAGAGUUCAUUGUGAUGGGAGGAACGUUUAUGAGUUUGCCUGAAGACUAUAGAGAUUACUUUAUUAGGAAUCUUCACGAUGCUCUGUCAGGCCACACUUCAACUUGUGUAGCUGAAGCUGUGAAGUACUCUGAGAAAGCAAAAACGAAAUGCAUUGGGAUUACAAUUGAGACAAGGCCUGAUUAUUGUCAGCAAAGACAUAUGAGUGAUAUGCUUAAUUAUGGAUGCACAAGGCUUGAAAUUGGUGUACAAUCAGUUUAUGAAGAUAUAGCCCGGGACACAAAUAGGGGACAUACAGUGAAGGCGGUAUGCGAGAACUUUAGUAUGGCUAAAGAUGCUGGUUACAAGAUUGUCGCCCACAUGAUGCCAGAUCUACCAAACGUUGAUUUUGAAAGGGAUGUGGAACAGUUCAUUGAGUUCUUUGAGAACCCUGCAUUCCGAGCUGAUGGACUUAAAAUUUACCCAACACUGGUAAUAAGAGGUACCGGUUUAUAUGAAUUAUGGAAGACCGGGAGAUACAGGAGUUAUCCUCCUUCAACUUUAGUCGAUCUAAUUGCGAAGAUAUUAGCUCUAGUGCCACCAUGGACUAGGGUGUACAGAGUGCAAAGAGAUAUUCCCAUGCCUUUGGUAUCAUCAGGAGUCGAGCAUGGUAAUCUUAGAGAGCUAGCUUUGGCCCGAAUGGCAGACUUGGGUACUGAUUGCAGAGAUGUGAGGACGAGAGAGGUUGGGAUACAGGAGAUACACAACCGAGUCCGACCGUAUGAGGUUGAGCUUAUAAGACGAGACUACGUAGCCAACGGUGGUUGGGAGACGUUUUUAGCUUACGAGGACCCGAAUCAAGACAUCUUAGUAGGCUUGUUGCGGUUGAGAAAGUGUGCCGGUCAAACUUACAGGCCGGAAUUAAAGGCCAAACCUAAUUCGAAUUUUGUACAGUGCAGUAUUGUAAGGGAGUUGCAUGUUUAUGGCUCCGUUGUACCAGUAAAUGCCCGAGAUCCAACCAAGUUUCAGCAUCAAGGCUUCGGCAUGUUGCUAAUGGAGGAAGCCGAGAGAAUCGCGCGGGAAGAGCAUGGUUCCGACAAAAUGGCUGUUAUUUCGGGAGUCGGAACGAGGAAUUAUUAUGCUAAAAUUGGUUACCAUCUCGAAGGGCCGUACAUGGUCAAGAUGCUUGCGUAAAAUAUAAUACAGGCCUGUGUCAAACACGAUUCUACCGAUAAGCGCACCUGUAAAUUGGACUCAUGACAAAACAUAUUGCAUGCAACAAUAAAGUGUUUUUUCUCUCACUCUACGCGUGCUUCCCUUUCUAAUUAAUACCUCUCUGAUGAAGUCUGAUUUGCAAAGGGUCGAUUUGCUUUGAUUUAUCGCAGAGGAGGUGUGAAAGUAGCCCCGGUAAUUAACAAAUUAAAGAGCGGGCGGUUAGUGUGGAAUGGACAUAAUAAUAUGAUGCGUAGAGAGAAGAUG